AUGUCGACGCAGCGUUCCAAGGUCGCGCUCGACCGUCUACGCAUCUUGAAACCGGUUGCUCGGGCGUUUGCGCUUGGAUAUCUCACUACUACCCUGCCGAAACUUAUCUCUCUUUUGAAAACUCUGCGGCGGAGAGACGUUAGCACCGCAGAGAAGCUACAGCGGUUGAUCCGCAUCUUGCAUUGUGGUUUUAAAUGGGACCGCUUUCCAGUUUUCUGCGCUCUGCUGGCGGGGGGCUCCUCCAUCCUGCCUCGUGCCCUGGAAGUUGUUAGAUUAAGAUUCGCCUCCGGUGGGUAUCUCCAAUCCCUGCCCACGACUGGUAUUCCACUUUCGUCGAACCGGCCGUUGCGGUUCCUAGCGGCCUUCCUGUCCGCCCUGAUCUGCUUUCCAAUCCUCAAUCGUACAGCAAAACAUCCGUACGGCCGGCGUGCGGGACUCGACCAACACGCUUCCUCCGAUCAAUCCAACGUGGCCAAGAAGAAUAAGGACUACGGCAACGGCAACGGCAAUGGCGGCGGCAACAACUUUGACGACAACGACAAGCACCACCUUGCUGGUCGCACCCUAGACUUGACUCUCUUUGCGACAACUAGGGCUGCAGAUGCUAUAGUCAACCUGUUAUGGUCACAGUGGAAAACCUCCCCACGCGCCGCCCAUGGAAAAAGCAAGACCGGGCAACGGGUGCACUCCCUUGCCCCCAAACUCGCAGAUACUGGCCUCUUCGCUAUCAGCUCCGCUAUUGUGAUGUGGGCUUGGUUCUACCUCCCAGAACGACUUCCUUACUCCUAUGGCAAAUGGAUCAGCGAAGCUGCCCAGCUCGAUAGCCGCAUCCUUGAAGCCCUCCGGACUGCCCGCAGAGGCGAGUGGGCCUACGGCCGCGACAACGGCGAUCAAGUGGUCCUCGAAUCCAUGUGUGCUGACUACGGAUGGCCAAUCGAAUGGGGCACUCCCCAAAAGACAGUUCCUAUUCCCUGUGAGAUAGUGCACAUGGGUUGUGGUCCGAACUGUGAAAAAACCGCCAUCUGGCGAUUUGCUAGAGCUUUCAAGUUUGCUUGCGCCACGUACAUCCCUCUCCAGAUCGUGAUGCGUUGUCGAUCCCGCAAUCUCAAAACAUACAUCCAUGCUAUCAAGAGCGCGCUACGUUCGUCCACAUUCCUCGGCCUUUUCGUUAGCCUGUUUUAUUAUUCCGUGUGUUUGGCGCGUACAAGACUGGGACCUAAGCUGUUUAGCUCAAAAACAGUCACACCUAUGAUGUGGGAUUCCGGUCUCUGCAUCGCCGCCGGUUGUGCAAUGUGUGGAUGGAGCAUCUUCGUGGAAUCAGCAGGGAGAAGGCAGGAGAUUAGCUUGUUUGUUGCUCCCAGAGCACUGGCUACAUUGCUUCCACGGGAAUAUGAUAAAAAGUAUCAAUGGAGAGAGAGGCUGGCUUUCUCUCUCAGCACUGCUAUUCUCGUUGCCUGUACACAUGAAAAUCCAAAUAUGGUUCGCGGCGUAUCCGGCAAGUUCCUGGCUCGCGUGUUCAAGGCAUGAUAGAUCCUCAUAAUUACCCUAUUUCUUUCACCACCAUGUAUUAUUACAUUUUUACGUCAUUUAACUUUACAAGCUAUAUAAUGUUAAUAUAUAGAUGUCCUUCACUCGGCUUCUCUCCAUGGAUUUUCCGAGUUUGAUAGACUUACCUAGGCAGCCCAGCUAGAUCCACCUAUUAUGUCAUCUUUGCUAGCCCUAUGCAUCACGUGAGUCAGGUACAGAACUCUAUUUUUACCCUGCGGAAAAAGGGAACGCCCCUUUUCAGAAAAACGCAAUGUGCUAGGUUGUUACCCUUAGCACUUAUUUUUAUUUUCCUGAUAUCCAUGCAGAACAAAGACACCGGAAUAGCGGAGUUCAGUCUGAACUGCUGCGCCUCAGUGUGAUGCAUGCAACGCUUUCUCCGUACGAAUGCGAACACGAAACUCCAAGCGGAUUCCACAUAUGGAAGCAAAAUCCUGCAAGCUCGUUAACUAGUUGGUUACUUUCUCGAAAGAGUGAUAAGCUUGAUCGACUCAGGGAUUCAUCUGCUUCAAGCGAUGAUGCCUGACGGUGCACAAGAUAUGUAUCUGUACGACAUAUUUUUUGCUUAGCUUAGUUGGCAAUGACGUACGAUGAACGACAGACCACGAGGUCCAAUUGACCUUCAAAGCAAACAAGCGUUCACUAUGCGUUUUGCAGUCGUAUAGUGCAAUGCCGAUCAAACUGAGCAAUAGCCCUAUAGGGCUAAGGCCUUGAGCUCGCCCGGUACCAGCGAUCAGGGCAUUAAAUCUCAGCCGGCGGUUGUGCUUAUUUUGAACCUUGCCCGUUAUCGUGACGUCGACUAUUGUCGUGCUCAGGCAGCAUAACUUCAAUAUUAUUCUUAUUUCGGCUUGUCUGUUUCAAAGACGGGCUGAAGUGGAUAAGUAUGAGAGGUGUUCAAUCACCAACACGCUGUCUAUCCCUGCAAUGAGCUUGAAAAAGGGGGGUCUAAGGUUGACAACCCUUUUAACGGCCUGUCAACAAAUGCGGAAAAUGCCAGAAGUCUUUUCCCUUGGUGUUUUUCUCCGACACAGCGGAUUCGAAUUCCGCGCUGACAGAUGUUUGCAUUCUGUCACGUUUUUUUGGGUCGCCGGCGUGGGCCUACAUGGAUUAUAGACUAUCGACAAGGAUAGAGCUCUUUACCUCGCGAUAUCCCUGCUGUAGCUAGGGAAGUCUAGAUACUCCGCUUCCUCAAAAUAUACCGG